ACGACCGAGACGACAACGACGACACCAAGCUUGUGAUCCGGCCAAAUCAGUCAAAAUGGUCAACAUUCCAAAAACCCGCCGGACAUACUGCAAGUCCAAGCAGUGCAAGAAACACACCCAGCACAGAGUCACCCAAUACAAGGCUGGAAAGGCCUCCCUGUUCGCUCAGGGUAAGCGUCGUUACGACCGCAAGCAGAGCGGUUAUGGUGGUCAGACCAAGCCUGUGUUCAGAAAGAAGGCGAAGACCACCAAGAAAGUCGUUUUGCGAUUGGAGUGCACCGUGUGCAAGACGAAGGCACAGCUCGCUUUGAAGCGAUGCAAGCACUUCGAGUUGGGGUACGUAUCCCUGGCUAUUGGCCAAGUUAUCGUGGAAUACCCCAGCCCCUUUGGGCAGAGAGAUUGCUAAUUUAUCGUCUUCAACUCAACAGUGGUGAUAAGAAAACAAAGGGUGCUGCUCUCGUCUUCUAAACCUUUCCUUCUUGAUAAAUCGAAAUUAUCAUGGUCAUGUCAUGUCGCUUUUCAUUUCCGUUUUAUUUCUUGUUUUCAAGGCAUGGCGGCGAAAGCUCUGUAAUUAGGGCAAAUGACUGGUUAUAGGAAUGGAAGUCAUGAGCAUCAUUUGAAACACAUCGGGGCCUUUGUUGUGUGUAUUGAUCUUGGGGACCACUACACAGAGUACAGCGAUGGGCGCUAUGACCUGUUCCGAUGGACAAAAUACGGAAACCCGGCAUCCUAGCCCUGAUACGCUUUGUGUGAGAUGAUAUUGCUUGAGUGCGCGGAAAGGUCAUUAUCUACAUGAAUGCAGAGAGUACCCAAUCCG